AUGGUUAAUACUAAAGGAAUUAAUAAGAAGAAGAAUGAGUUCAGUCGGAAGAAGCGUCAUAGAACAGGAAGAUUGGGUUCAAAACUGCGGGAACUAGAUGAAGAGCACAAAAGUGCGUUAAAAUCGGCAGAGAGUACCAAAGCACUUUUGACAGAAGAUGCAGGUUAUAUGGAAGCAGAAGGGAUGGAAAGAACAUACAAAUUUAGUCAAGAUGAUAUAAUAAAGGAGGUUGAUGCAUCAACCGCAAGAAAGCGGUUUAGGUUAAAAUUGGAUCAGUAUGGACCGUACACUUUAGAAUACGCGAGAAAUGGAAGAGAAUUAUUAAUAGGAGGUAGAAAGGGACACGUUGCUGCCUUUGAUUGGCAACUUGGAAAGCUUGAUUGUGAACUUUUCUUAAAUGAAACUGUCCAUGCUGUGCAAUUCUUACAUAAUGAUCAAUACUUCGCAGUUGCCCAGAAGAAGUACACCUUUAUCUAUGAUAAGACAGGGAUGGAGCUCCAUCGUCUUCAACAACAUAUUGAUUGCACGCUUCUCGACUUUCUUCCCUAUCAUAUGUUGUUGGUCACUGCCGGAAAUACCAGCCACUUAAAAUAUCAUGAUGUUUCCACUGGUGAACUUGUGGCUGAUCUUAGAACAAAGUUGGGACCCACACAGUCUAUGAGAAAGAAUCCUUGGAAUGCUGUCAUGCAUUUGGGUCACGGAAAUGGACAGGUCACUCUCUGGGCACCGAGUAUGCCCACUCCGUUAGUUAAAAUUCAGGCAUGUCGUGGACCUGUCAGAGCUUUGGCAGUUAGCAGGGAUGGAAGAUAUAUGGCAGUUAGUGGUGCGGAUAAAACGUUGAAGAUAUGGGAUAUACGUAAAUACGAUGUUGUUGGUUCAUAUUAUACACCAACUCAAGCUAAUACAUUAGAUUUAUCAGAUACCGGCUUACUUUCAGUCGGAUGGGGACCCCAUGUCACCAUCUGGAAAGAUGUGUUGAAGGAAAAUCAGAAAUCGCCAUACAUGAAUCAUAAUAUUUCAGGCUCACAAGUGCAGACUACAAGAUUUGUGCCGUUCGAAGAUGUUCUUGGGUGCGGCCAUAAAAAUGGAAUAGAAUCGUUGAUAAUUCCUGGAGCAGGUGAAGCCAACUUUGAUGCUCUCGAAAUCAACCCAUACGAAACUGCAAAGCAAAGACAGGAAUCCGAGGUUAGAGGAUUAUUGAACAAACUUCAACCAGAUAUGAUUGCGUUAGAUCCGGAGUCAAUAGGUAACGUCAACAAGAGAAAGGUCCAGAAACGUUUAACACCUGCAGACCUUGCCGCUUUACGUACCGAAAGAAAAAACGAGUCCAUCCAUCUUGACAAAGUCGACAAAAUGAUUCAGCCUCAUAUUAAAGGAAAGAAUUCUGCUUUACGAAGAAUGAAGAGAAAGCAGAGAAAUAAUUUGAUAACAGAAAGAUCAAGGCGUGUUGAGAAGGCUUUGGAGAAAGAAAAAGAUCUCAGAAAACGCAAAGCAGAAAAGACUGAUCAUCUUGAACAAGAAUCAGACCCUACGGCAAAGGCAUUAUCCAGGUUUGCUUAG